AUGCAGAGCGUGGAGGAGAUUGCCGCGUACUACGAAGCCAACCCGGGACCCGAGUGCCCGACCUGCCACUCGGCCGAGCGGGUGCUCUCCACCAUCGUGGGUCGCCCCUCGUCUAACCUGGUCGCCUACGCCGAGCGCCCCGACAGUCGCGUCCGGCUGGGUGGCUGCGUCAAGAAGCCCGGCAGCAACAAGUUCUAUUGCCGCUCUUGCAAUCUCGGGUUCUAA